AAUGGCACCUAUCACACAACGCCGGAGACAAUCCGCCUGCUUUCGCUGUUCGCCGACUCCUUUUGGUCACUCGUAUCUCUUGAUGGCCUUGCAAUCCUGCCAUCAUUGAGAAUUAACUCCGCCGUCCCUGCGGUACUAAUGAGCAGUAGCACCGCAUGGCAGCACCGCCGACUCCGAGCUUCGCAUCGUCUCCCGUCCACCCAUCUACCGGGACAUGCGGCAUUCCUAGUACGCGCUCUCGUCAUCGUCCACGACCACACGCUGAGCAGGCACACGAAUGCCAGGCUAGAUCCCUCAUACGCCUCGAGAUUGCAUGCAGGUCUCAGAAGGCCGCCGAGCGCUGAUGCACCAGAACCCCUUCAUAAAGAUUCUUCUAUCCAAUCAAAAGCUCUGUAACACAAGAACGAACGACCGUCGUGUUCGCAAAUUACGUGAUCUGAUCGGUGUGGUCUCCAUUCUCAUAGAAGCAGGGACCGAAGCAGGAAGACAUUGCCUGUUCCGGAUCUCGCACUGCCCCUUUCGGCCUACUUGACUCACCAUCUGAGGCCACGGUACUUGCAUCCGCAGGAAUCUUCCAGCGAAUUCUGACCAGCGCCCAGGAAGAAGGUGCAUAUUGCCGAGAAGUCUCCAGCCAGCUGAGAGGUCGCAUUGUUCCCGUAUUCCAGGCUGCAGGUAGCGUGCGUGGUACCAGAAGGAGUUAACAACAGAUGCCUUGGGUUC